UGGCGAUCACCACCAACCAACCAUAUGGCUGGUCUCAUCUCUAGCUCUAGCUCUGUAGAUACUAGAUAUAGUCAGUAGGCCUACUAUUAAAGCUAAAGCCAACAGAUAUGGAUGCUGAAAAGGCUGCUCUAAUGCAGAUGCAAAUCAGGAACAAUGCAAGUGACUUGCAGGACUAUCUCAAGGGCCUGAAAGCGUGGGAGACAGACGUCAAGACGACUGAUGCUUCUCUGUCCAACCAAAAAUCCAUCCUCAAAGAGAAGUUGCCCCCUGUCCGAGGUGUCUCAAGAACAAAGGCAACAAAGAAGAAGAAGUCUAAGCAAGUGAAAAUUGAAGCACGGAAACCACCGCGUAUAAAAUCCCAUGAUUUUAAAGCUUGGGACAAAUUUGAUGUGGACGGUGCCUGUGAAGCAGUGGACUAUCAGGUGGAGAGCACCUCUUCUUCCGAGGGGGAGGAAAAUGAACAGGAGGCAGUGAGGAAGCAGCAGGCCAUAUACGAGAAAGAGAAGGGGAACGAUCUGUUCAAGGAGGGUCGCUAUGAGCUGGCAAUUGAGUGUUACUCUAAAGCAGCAGAGCUGGAUCCCCUUAAUGCUGUCAUGCCAGCCAACAAAGCAAUGGCACUGCUCAAACUGCAGAAAUACGCGUCUGCUGAGAGUAACUGCUCCCUGGCGCUAACUCUUGAUGACCGUUAUCUCAAGGCCUAUCUCCGUCGAGGGACGGCUCGACUCAAACUGGGGAGAAUAGAAGAGGCGAGAGAUGACUUCACAGUUGCUCUCAGACUGGAGCCAGGGAACAAAAUUGCUAGGAGCGAGCUAAACAAACUGAAUAAGGAAAGAGACAAAAAGUUUGUUCAACCAGUCAAGAGACCUCCUCAUCUUCGAUCAAAGAAACCACUGAAGCAUAUCACUAUAGAGGACAUUGGAGAGGAGCAAUCAGACACCACUGUACCCCCCACCACCACCACGCCCCACAUAGCAGCUGACCCUACCAGCUCUCAACCAAAGAAUACCAACGAGAAAGCACCUAAUGUCAGCCUGCAGAUCUCUGAAAUCACAAACUCCAAACCCCAUCAAAUUACUGACACAAUAGGUACUCAACCAAAAGCAACUGACACCACCAUGGAAUCAUCCCAUGCCCAAUCUAUUAGUAAGAAACGCGUGCUAAUUGAAACAUUGAUCUCGCCCGAAAGCUCUUCAGACCACCCACAACCCAGUACAAAGAUGAGUGUUGUGUCAACCGAACUAAAACCUUCGACGACAAAGGACAUACCAGGGAAUGCUGAUUCAGCAGUAAAGAAAGAUUUAAGUGUGAUGAGUGUGGUUAAGUUGCCCUCGGUACCAGAGAACUCCAUCACCCUGCAGAGGGACUGGAAGAGAGUGAGGAGGGACAGGGGAAUACUGGGAGAGUACUUCAAGAGUAUCCCUGUCUCCAAGUACCCCGCUCUCCUUCAACAGUCUCUGGAGACAGACAUUUUCUCUGAUAUUGUCACAAUCCUUCUCGAGGAUUUUGUUAGAGUGGGUGUGGUUUGUCUGGCACAACUCCAGGCCCUCACUCGAGUCAGGAGGUUCUCUGUGGCACUCAUGUUCCUCUCUACCACUGACCAGAAAAAUUUGAAGGAGCUGUUCCACGAGUUAAAAGCACUAGUAAAAGAACAAGAGGAAUCUAAACUCUUGAAAGAACUCUCAGCUAGGUUUGGUUUUUGAUUCUAUCGCAUAAACUCUUAGAGUUCAUGUGUACAUGCAUGCUGUUAUUGGUACAUGUGACUGUUGCUGUUAAGUUUUCCCCAGAGUACAAUAUGUUGGUGAGAUGCCUUUAUUCUCUUGCCACCCCUGCAUAAAUGCUAGCUAUGCUAUCUAUAUGGA